AGCCCAGCCCAACCCGCCGGGGAGCAGCGCUCGCCCCUCCGGCGGCGGUGCCGGCGCGCAGCCCGCUCCGCUCUGCUCCGAUUAAAUCUCUGACAAUGAAGCCCUUUACUGCAUAUCCUUCUGGGUUUAUCGUAUUCCUGUUUACCUUGCUGCAGAGGAGCCAUGGACAAUGCAAAGAAGCAGCUAAAAAAUCAGAGAUGAAUUUCAGUGUAAAAUAUGAUCUUCCUAACUUCAUCGCAGAAACACCAAUUCAGAAUGUAGUUUUAUACAAGCAUCAUGUUUAUGUUGGAGCAGUCAACAAGAUUUAUGUACUAAAUGAAACUCUCCAGAACAUUUCUGUGUACAAGACUGGGCCUGUUUUGGAGAACCCUGACUGUGUGCCAUGUGAAGACUGCAGAGAUAAAGCCAAUUUAUCUAACAGCGUAUGGAAGGAUAAUGUCAACAUGGCACUGCUCUUAGAAACUUAUUAUGAUGAUCAGCUCAUCAGCUGUGGUAGCGUGUCCGGAGGCAUCUGCCACCGUCACAUCAUUCACCCUGACAACCCUGCUGACAUUGAAAGUGAGGUGCACUGCAUGUACUCACCUCGGGUGGAUGGAGAAGCAGAUAAUUGUCCUGACUGUGUUGUAAGCCCUUUAGGAACCAAAGUUUUGGUGACCGAAAAGGACAGGUUUGUCAACUUCUUUGUUGGAAAUACUGUGACAUCUACAUUUCAACCUCCCUAUGUGCUGCAUUCUAUAUCAGUUAGAAGGUUAAAAGAAACACAGGAUGGUUUUGAAUUUCUCACAGAUCAGUCUUAUAUAGAUAUCCUUCCUCAGUUUCGUGACUCGUAUCCCAUUAGGUACGUCCAUGCCUUUGAAAAUGAUCACUUUGUGUAUUUUCUGACUGUACAGAGAGAAACUCUUGACUCACAAGCUUUUCACACUAGAAUUAUCCGCUUCUGCACUUUAGACUCAGAGAUGCGUUCUUACAUGGAAAUGCCUCUUGAGUGCAUUUUUACUGAAAAGCGAAGAAAGAGGUCCAUCCGAAAGGAGGUAUUCAACAUUUUGCAAGCUGCCUAUGUAAGCAAACCUGGUGCAGCUUUAGCCCACGAAAUGGGCCUUGGGUUGAACGAUGAUAUUCUCUAUGGUGUUUUUGCACAAAGCAAACCAGACUCUUCUGAACCAACCAAGAGAUCUGCUGUCUGCGCUGUCUCUGUGCGAACCAUCAAUGAGUUCUUCAACAAGAUUGUUGACAAGCAGAACAUGAAAUGUCUCCAUCACUUUUACGGGAAGGAGAGCAAAUACUGCUUGAACAGGGCUUUUUCAAGAAAUGCUUCAUACUGCAGAGCACAAGAUGAUGAAUAUCGCUUAGAAGUUACGACUCCCCUGCAGAGGGUUGACUUGUUCAUGGGCCAGUUCAACAGUGUCCUGCUGACUUCGAUAUCUGUCUUCACCAAACAGAACCUCACCAUUGCUAAUCUGGGAACUUCAGAGGGCCGCUUCAUACAGAUAGUGGUUUCCCGUUCAGAACCCACAGCUCCACAUGUCAGCUUUCAGCUAGACUCCCACCCUGUCUCUCCCCAAGUUGUUGUCAAGAAUUCAUUAGCAGAUGAUGGCUAUACCCUGGUAGUGACUGGGGAAAAGAUAACAAAGAUCCCACUGAAGGGGCCGGGCUGCCAUCACUUCAGGUCCUGCAGCCAGUGCCUGCUGGCACCUGCCUUCAUGCAGUGCGGCUGGUGCAACCAGCAGUGCCUCAGGUCUCCUGAGUGCCCCAACAGCACCUGGACCCAGGACACCUGCUUGCCUAGGGUUUAUGAGAUUCUCCCAAGCAGUGCCCCCAUAGAAGGUGGGACAAAGCUGACACUGUGUGGAUGGGACUUUGGAUUCAGCAAAAAUAAUAGAUUUGAAUUAAAAAAUACAGUAGUCCAUAUUGGAGGAAAAGUUUGUGCUCUGGAAGCAAAAUCUAGCAACAAAAACAAGCUUGAAUGCACAGUUCCUGCUGCAAAAAGUCCAGGUUUUAAUAUAUCCAGUAGUGUUUCUGUUGGACAUGGCAAAACACUGUUCAAUACAUUUUCGUAUGUGAAUCCUGUAAUAACAAGUAUAUCCCCCACUUAUGGCCCCAAAUCUGGAGGAACAUUGCUAACUGUAGCUGGAAAAUACCUAAGGAGUGGAAAAUCCAUAAGGAUUUUUGUUGGUGAGCAACCAUGCACUUUGAAAAGUCCUCCCAGCAUACUGGCGAGCACUGUGGAGUGCUACACUCCAGGGCAGCAAAUUCCCCAGGAAUAUCGUGUGAGAAUGGAAAUCGAUGGAGCAAUUCGAGACGCGAGCAGCCAUUUCACAUACAGAGAAGACCCUGUUGUUUUAAAAAUUCAUCCGUCCAAAUCUUUUCUUAGUGGUGGAAGUACAAUCACAGCUCAGGGAAUCAACUUGAACUCAGUGUGCUUUCCUCAGAUGGUGAUUACUGUACCUAAACUAGGAAUGAACUUCUCUGUGGCAUGUAGCCACCGCUCUAGCUCAGAGAUAAUCUGCUGUACAACACCUUCACUGAAAGUUUUCAAUCUCCAACCACCCUUUGUAACCAAAGUGUUCUUUAUUUUUGAUGGUGUCAGCUCCCUGUACUUUGAUUUUGAUUAUGUAAAUAAUCCAGUAUUUAAGCAUUUUGAAAAGCCAGUGUUCAUCUCAAGAGGCAACCAAAAUGUUCUGGAAAUUAAGGGAAAUUAUAUUGAUUCAGAAGCUGUUAAAGGAGAGGUGCUAAAAGUUGGAAAUAAAAGCUGCGAAAACCUCCUCCUGCAGUCAGAAUCAAUUCUGUGUACGGUUCCCAGUGAUCUCCUGAAAUCCAACAGUGAGCUAAAUAUAGAGUGGAAGCAAGAAGUUUUAUCAACAGUUAUCGGAAAAGUGCUGAUCCAGCAAGAUCAGAAUUUCACAGGACUAAUUGCUGGAGUACUUUCAACAUCAGUUUUACUUUUUAUCUUUUUGGUGUUUUUUCUCUGGAGAAGGAAGAAGAAACAAAUUAAAGAUCUGGGAAGCGACCUAGUGCGUUAUGAUGGCAGAGUGCACACUCCUCACCUGGACAGGCUGGUGAGCGCAAGGAGUGUAAGUCCAACAACAGAAAUGGUUUCAAGUGAAUCUGUAGACUACAGAUCAACUUUUCUAGAAGAUCAGUUUCCAAGCAUGUCUCAGAAUGGAUCGUGCAGACCUGCCCAGUACCCUCACUCUGACCUCUCCCCGAUUCUGUCUAGCGGAGACUCAGAUUUAGCCAGUCCACUUCUCCAAACUAACGUCCACAUUGACAUCAGCGCCUUAAAUCCUGACCUGGUCAAAGAGGUGCAGCAUGUGGUUAUUGGUGCUGACAGCCUGAUAGUGCACUUCAGCGAAGUAAUAGGAAGAGGACAUUUUGGGUGUGUGUACCAUGGGACAUUGCUGGAUAACGAUAGCAGGAAAAUUCAUUGUGCUGUGAAGUCACUGAAUAGGAUUACAGAUCUGGAAGAAGUAGCUCAGUUUCUGAAAGAAGGAAUAAUCAUGAAAGAUUUCACUCAUCCCAAUGUGCUGUCACUCCUGGGAAUCUGUUUGCCCAACGAAGGAUCCCCAUUAGUCGUUCUUCCAUACAUGAAACAUGGAGAUCUUCGAAACUUCAUCAGGAAUGAGACUCAUAAUCCAACAGUAAAAGAUUUAAUUGGAUUUGGCCUUCAGGUCGCAAAAGGAAUGAAAUACCUUGCAAGCAAAAAGUUUGUCCAUAGAGAUUUGGCAGCAAGAAACUGUAUGUUGGAUGAAAAAUUCACUGUCAAGGUUGCUGAUUUUGGUCUUGCUAGAGAUGUCUAUGAUAAAGAAUACUACAGUGUGCACAAUAAAACAGGAGCUAAACUGCCAGUGAAAUGGAUGGCUUUAGAAAGUUUACAAACUCAAAAGUUCACAACAAAGUCAGAUGUGUGGUCCUUUGGUGUGUUGUUAUGGGAACUUAUGACACGAGGGGCACCACCUUAUCCUGAUGUAAAUUCUUUUGAUAUAACUGUUUACUUAUUACAAGGCAGAAGGCUGCUACAACCUGAAUACUGCCCUGAUCCACUGUACGAAGUCAUGCUGAAGUGCUGGCAUCCAAAACCUGAGAUGCGUCCAGCAUUUUCUGAACUUGUUUCAAAUAUAUCAACAAUCUUCUCCACUUUUGUUGGGGAACACUACGUUCAUGUCAAUGCUACUUAUGUCAACGUGAAGUGCAUUGCUCCCUAUCCUUCUCUUUUAUCAUCACAAGACAACAUAGAUAUGGAUGUUGACACAUGACAGGAAUGUCUGAAAUAGAGGAAAAUCCAUUCUUAGUUGUAUGAACAAAAAAGCAAAACAUUUUGUCCACUAAUUUUUACUGCCUGGUCUUUGUGAGAACACUGUUGCACAUGUUUAUGUUGUUGCCCAAGUUGCACUAGUACAAGGACACAGUAUCAUACUGUUUAAGGCUAUGGGAUUCUAUAAACCAUCACAGUAAUUUCCAAGUAUUUGGACAACUGCAUCAAUUUACCAAAUGGAAAUGUGGUGUGCUACCAUACAGAGCUAGUUCCCACAAACUGUCAUUAAUGUGUGCUCAGACCCAAGAACAAAAAUUCAUCAUUAAUGCCAUGAAGGAGAAAGUAGAAUAUCAAUCAUUAUGGCUGGAAGGACUAUUACUGUGCAUGUCUUUUAGGAUGAUGAGCAGUGCAGAAAUGGUUUUCACACAAAAGGCUAAGGCAAACAAUGAAAGUUACAAGAUUUUAAAAUGUAUUUUCCUCCUACAUGGUGCAAACUUUGGAUUUUUACACUACAUCAACAAAGUUUCUAAGAACCUAGGCAGCCAAGAGAGCCAGCCUCAUGGUAAGUGUCUUAACAGAAAUCAAAAUCAAGAAAUGGUGUGCAGUAAAAUGAGUACAGAGAAGUACAAUUGUGUAGGGAGUGGGUGAGGAAGGCCAAGGCAAAACUGGAACUAAACCUAGCAUGGGAGGCAAAGAAUAACAGGAAGGGUUUCUACAGGUAUGUUAAUCACAAACAGAAGUUCAAAGAAGGUGUAACCCUCCUGAUAAACAACGGUGGCGAACAGGUAACAACGGAUGAGGAGAAGGCUGAGGUACUUAACUUUUUUGCCUCAAUCUUCAAUGGCAACCUCUCUUUCCACACCUCUUGAGCAGAUGGACAACAGAAUGAGGACAGGGAGGGCAAAGCCACUCCCACUGUAACUGAAGAUCAGGUUCAUGACCACCUGGGGAACCUAAAUGUGGACAAGUCUAUGGGACCUGAUGACAUGCAUCUCAGAGUACUGAAGGAAUUGGCUAAUAUAGUUGCCAAGCCACUCUUCACAAUAUUCAAAAAAUCAUGGCAGUCAGGUGAAGUCUCAGGUGCCUGCAAAAAGGGAAACACUCUACCCAUCUUUAAAAAGGAAAGAAAGGACAACCCUGGGAACUACCAACCUAUCAGCCUCCCCUCUGUGCCUGGGAAGAUCAUGGAACAGAUCCUCCUAGAAGCUAUGCUAAGGCACAUGAAGGACAGAGAGGUGAUUUGAGACAGCCAGUAUGGCUUCAUCAAGGGAAAAUCCUGCCUGACCAACCUCGUGGCCUUCUAAGAUGGAGUGACUGCAUCAGUGGACAAGGGCUACAGAUAUCAUUUACCUGUAAUUCUGGAAAGCCUUUGACACAGUCCCCCACAACAUCCUUCUCUCCAAACUGGAGAGAGACGGAUUUGAUGUGUGGACUGUUAGAUGGAUAAGAAAUUGGGUGAGCAGUCACAUCCAGAGGUAGUGAUCAAUGGCUCAGAGUCCUGAGGGACAUCAGUGCCGAGUGGUGUCCCUCAGGGGUCUGUAUUGGGACCAGUGUUAUUUAAUAUCUUCACUAAUGAUACAGACGAAGGUAUCAAGUGCACCCUCAGCAAAUUUGCAGCUGACACCAAGCUGAGGGGUGUCGUUGACACACCUAAUGCCAUCCAGAGGGACCUGGACAAGCUCAAGAAGUGGGCCCAUGGCAAUCUCAUGAUGGUUUAACAAGAGCGAGUGCAAGAUGCUGCACGUGGCUCAGGGCAGCCCUCUGUAUCAAUACAGGCUGGGGGAUGAACAGGGGGAGAGCAGCCCUGCCCAGGAGCACUUGGGGUGGAUGAGAGGCUGGACAUGACCCGGCGAUGUGCGCUCACAGCCCAGGAAGCCAAUUGUGUCCACGGCUGCAUCAAAGGCAGGGCGGGUCGAAGGAGGGCAUUCUGCCUCUCUACUCUGCCCUUGUGAGACCCCACCUGGAGUGCUGCAUCCAGCUCUGGGGUCCUCGGCAAAGCAAGGACAUCAACCAAGUCUAGAGAAGGCCACCAAGAUGAUUAGAGGGAUGAACCACCUCUCCUGUGAGGAAAGGCUGAGAGAAUUGGGAUUGUUUAGCCUGGGAAAGAGAAGGGUGACCUAACUGUAGUGUGCCACUACCUAAAGGGAACUUAUAGGAAAGAUGGGCCAAGACUUUUUACCAGGGCAUGUACUGACAGGACAAGGGGUUUAAAUUGAAAGAGAGUAGGUUUAGAUUUUAUAUUAGGAAAAAAUCCUUUACUGUGAGGGUGGUGAGGCACUGGAGGAGGUUGUCCAGGGAAGUUGUGAAUGCCCUGUGGCAUUCAAUGCCAGGUUGAAGGAGGCUCUGAAGAACUUGGUCUAGGUGAAGAUGUCCCCCAGCAGGGAGUUUGGAACUAGGUGAUCUUCAACGGCCCCUUCCAACCCAAACCAUUCUAUGUUUUUAUAUCAGUCUUACCAGUCCUCUGGUGUAGUCAGACGGUACAUAAAACAAAGGGACCAUCAUGUAGCUUAAAGCAUUCCUAGUGUCAAUGUUACUCCGACGUUCAACUAUUUCAUUGAGUUGAACAGCGUGUAUCAGCAGAUCCCUUUCUGAAAAAUGCAAAGCCUCCAUUUCUUUCAAUAAAGAAUGAAUCACUCUGAGACUAAAAACUUGAAGGCUGCUGUUUGAUGAGUCACUUGACAAGCAGAUGAAGCUCUGCCACCUAACCUUGGGUAGAGCUGCUGCCACAGGUAAGUAAAGAGUGGAGGUGUUGCCACAGCCCUGACCUAAAAAGACACUGCCAUAGCAGGCAUAUUGAUAACUUCUUCAUGCCAUCCCUGAAGAGCGGAGAUGACCAAUCAAAAGAAAUAACUUUAGGCCCCCUUUACCCUCUUCUUGAAUCACACAACCCAGUGAAUUAUGAUACCUACUUUUAAUUCUAAAUUUUGACCAGAGAAACAAUUUUGAAAAGAGACAGUAAAUAAAACCUUCAUUCAUUAGGGAAGAGUACUAUAGCUUUAGGGCAAACAUCACAUGUCAUUUCUGUUCCUGUGGAAUUCUGUGCAUACUACUGUAUAGCUUGUUUAGAAUAGGAUAGAACUGGGUUUGUUGGUGUAAACACAUAAAGUAAUCUAUUUUUAUAUUAAAAAAAAGUUUAUUUUUAAUGACAUUUACAAAGUUUGGUUAGGCCACAAAAUACUGCACUGUGAACAUUUCAGAAAAUGUAAGUCAAUGUACAUGAUUCAUAAAUUGUAGCAACCUUAAAAAAAUACUAUGUAAAUAGUAAAAAGGAAAAGAACUGACUGUAAACACACUCCACCCUAAGUACAAUAUCUCCAUUGCUGCAAGCCAACCAUUUUAAGAUCUUCAAAGAGAGGUAGUGCAGAUAAAGAACAGAUAAGGGGGAUAUAUUCUUCUUGGGAGCCAGUGUUAUAACUGAAGGAUUUAUAAUGAGGGCAGAGUGUGUAGGCAACCUAUAAGCAGAUAAUAUUGUAUUGUGUUUCAUCACCACUUUCGUUUCAGAAAUGAACUUUCAUGUCUGCUGAGAGAGAUACUAAUUGUAGAUUGCUCAAGGACAAAAGGCUUUGCUGCAGGCAAAAAAAAUCAUCUCUAUGGUUGUUGAAACAGCUAAGGAAGUUUAUGACACAUAGAUUUGGAGAAGUUACUCCAAACUUGUUAUGUACAUGCUUGAGGAAUGCUGCAAUGUGAAACAGAGGACAUUUUUACUAUUUAUGAACUUUUGAUUAAUAAAGUUAAUGUUGUGUCUGGGACACCUGUAAGAAUAUGUGAUUCUGGUAAAGAUUUGAUGUUAGUAAGUUCAUAUAUCUGCAAAGAGCUGAAUGGUACUUAUGUUUAUAGUUGUUGUUACGACCUAAUAAAUGUUAUUAAAAUGAAUUAUUGUAAUACUUUA